UCUAAGGUCAUUUUAUGAAUCGGUGUUGUGAACGAAAGCGUUUGUACUAUGGCGAUAUACAGCUGCUUACAAGACUGUCUGAGUAACCCAACCAACAUCGUAUUACUGGUAUUAGUGUGUAUAAUUAUAUAUGGAGUGUUGAGUCUUCGUAUACCUUCUGGAUUUCCAUCUGGACCGAGGGGGUAUCCUUUCAUUGGCAAUAUGCUCGCUCUAGCAAAAGAGCCACAUAUUACUCUGACCAACUAUGCGAAAACAUAUGGGGAUGUAUACACUAUCAAACUCGGCAAUACACCAGUGGUUAUUCUGAAUUCCAUUGAAGUUAUAAAGGAAACAUUGGUGAAGAAACAGAACGAUUAUGCUGGACGUCCUAACGUUUACUCAUUCGAAAUGUUGUCUGAGGGAGGAGAAGAUAUAGUAAUGGCUGAUUUCACGCCGAAGUGGAAGGUUCUGCGCAAAUUCGUACAUCAAGCAAUGAGAAAUUAUGCCAACGGAGAGAAGCUGGAAAGUCUAAUUAGAGACGUGUCAUUUCCUCGCCUGCAGCAAGCCAUUAAUGAAAAGAACGGCCAACCAUUUCACCCCAAACCCGCAAUUCUGUUAAUGAUUGCGAACAUUAUGGCUACAAUGUGUUUUGGACAGAGGUAUGAACUGAAUGACAAAGAGUUUCUUGGUUAUUUAAAGUUCAUUAAUGAUCUUAAUGAAGCAUUUGGAAAUGGAUUAGUGGCUGACUUUAUACCCUUUUUCCGAUAUAUACCGACCACCGGCCGAACUAAAGUUGAAGCAUUAUACAAGGCAUACCUGCAGACGAUUCAAUGUAAAAUUGACGAACACAAACUGAAGUUUGAAAAUGGUAACAGAGAAGCACGCGAUCUUAUUGAUGACUUGUUAAUUGCACAAGAGAAGGCACUGAAAGCUGGGGAGGCGGACGCUGCCCUUAUUGGCGAUGUUAAUCUCAGACAGACUGUAGCUGAUGUAUUCGGAGCUGGUUUAGACACAACUGUUACCACAUUGGACUGGUGUGUAGCAUAUCUAUGCUGUUACCCGGAUGUACAAACAAAAGUACAAACAGAAAUCGACCAGGCCAUCGGACACGAUCGUCUACCUCUGCUGUCGGACAAGGCAAUACUGCCCUAUUGCGAAGCUGUGAUUCACGAAGUUACAAGAAUACGAACCGUUGCACCGUUCGCGGUACCACACACUACUACGAUUGACACAUCAGUUGGAGAAUACAAGCUACCAAAGUACACGUGGGUGUGGAUGAAUUUAUGGAAUGUGCAUAUGAAUGAGAAGCACUGGAAGAAACCAGAAGAAUUCCGUCCAGAACGAUUCUUGGAUGCAGAUGGCAAUCUGGUGCCCAAACCUGAAAAUGUCUUACCUUUUUCCACGGGACGACGUGUCUGCGUUGGGGAAGCGUUAGCCAAGAAUGAAAUGUUUCUCAUCUUCGUUAGUUUGUUUCAAAACUACACUUUCAAAGUACCUCCCGGCAAAGAUAAGCCUUGUCUGAAGGAUCACUGCGAAGGGCUGGCUAUACGUUGUUGUCCAUACAAUGUUCUUGCUGUUUCACGCUGAGAUGAUAUUAUUUAAGUAUAUUGAUUGUAAAUGACUAUGUGUUAUGUAGGGAC